GACGCUUCUUUUAAUUCCUCCGGCUGAUUCGUACAAAAGGAGAGUCUCUCUCUCUAUAAUCUUUUGGUUUCUAGAAGAGACGUAUGAAACCCUAAAUAGUGUUACUCAUGCAAUCUGCUGACCCUGAAAUGGCCUCUAUCAAUUCUGUGGAAUUGAAUUAUCUCGUCUUUCGUUAUCUUCAGGAAUCAGGUUUUAUACAUUCUGCUUUUUCUUUAGGAUAUGAGGCAGGUAUUAACAAAGGCUCCAUUGAUGGGAAUUUAGUUCCGCCUGGUGCCCUAAUUACAUUUGUGCAGAAAGGACUUCAGUAUAUAGAGAUGGAAGCCAACCUGAGUAAUAAUCCACCAGAUGAUGAGGAGUUUUCAUUUCUACAUCCCAUGGAACUCAUGACAAAGGAUAUAUAUGAGUUGCGUCAAUUGAUUAAGGAGAGAAAAAAACGAACCCAAAUAGAGAGAGAAAAGGAGUUUGAGAAGGAACAGGAAGGAACCCGUAGACAUGUAAGAGAUAAGGAAAAACAGGAGAAAGAUAGGGAGAAAGAAAGGGAGAAGGAAAAGGAAAAGGAGAAAGAAAAGGAGAAGGAAAAGGAGAAAGAAAAGGAGAAGGAAAAAGAGAAGGAGAAGGAAAAGGAGAAAGAAAAAGAGAAGGAAAAGGAGAAAGAAAAAGAGAAGGAAAAAGAGAAGGAAAAAGAAAGGGAAAAAGAAAAGGAGAAGGAAAGAGAGAAAGAAAGGGAGAAAGAAAGAGAGAAAGAAAGGGAGAAAGAAAGGGAAAAAGAGAAAGAAAAGGAGAAAGAAAGAGAAAAAGAAAAGGAAAAAGAGAAAGAAAGGGAGAAAGAGAAAGAAAGGGAGAAGGAAAAAGAAAAGGAGAAGGAGAAAGAGCGUGAAAAAUGUGUAACAACCAAAGACAAGGAAAAGGAGAGGGAAAAACCGUUCAUUAAUCAUUCCAUCAAAGAUAUGAUCAUAGAUCAACAAGAGAAGGUGGAUGCAAGAAUAGCUGAAAAAGGCAGCUCAACUGGACCUGAUUUAAUGGAUAUCUCACCUACACCAACUUCUCAUCCUACCGAAAUCCCUAGUUCGGAUGUGACUAUUUUGGAAGGACACACAUCUGAGGUUUGUGCUUGUGCUUGGAGUCCAUCAGGUUCUCUUCUUGCUUCAGGAUCUGGAGACUCCACAGCUCGCAUAUGGAAGCUUGCAGACGGGGCUGGUAGAUCCAGCGGACAAAAUGGAAUUUCUAAUGUACUGGUGCUGAAGCAUGUUAAGGGCAAAGCCAAUGAAAAAAGCAAGGAUGUCACAACACUUGAUUGGAAUGGGGAAGGAACAUUGCUUGCCACAGGUUCUUAUGAUGGACAAGCUAGAAUCUGGAGUACUAAUGGUGAAUUAAAGAGUACCUUAAACAAACAUAAAGGUCCAAUAUUCUCCUUGAAGUGGAACAAGAAAGGGGAUUACCUUCUUACAGGAAGCUUUGAUAAAACUGCCAUUGUUUGGGAUGUGAAGGCUGAGGAAUGGAAGCAACAAUUUGAAUUUCAUACAGGACCAACCCUUGAUGUUGAUUGGCGGAACAAUGUCUCUUUUGCAACAAGCUCGACAGACCAUAUGAUUUAUGUCUGCAAGGUUGGGGAAGGGCGUCCUGUCAAAACAUUUUCAGGGCAUCAGGGUGAAGUUAACUGUGUAAAAUGGGAUCCGACUGGUUCAUUGCUUGCCUCUUGCUCUGAUGAUGUCACUGCUAAGAUAUGGAGCAUGAAACAUGAGAAAUACCUUCAUGACUUAAGGGAGCAUGAUAAGGAGAUAUAUACUAUUCGAUGGAGCCCCACUGGACCAGGCACCAACAACCCCAACCAGCAACUUCUUCUGGCAAGUGCGUCCUUUGACUCAACAGUGAAGUUGUGGGAUGUUGAGCUAGGAAAAAUGAUUUGCAGCUUUAAUGGGCAUAGGGAUCCAGUGUACUCUGUUGCAUUUAGUCCAAAUGGGGAGUAUCUUGCUAGUGGGUCUCUAGACAAAUCAAUGCACAUAUGGUCAAUAAAAGAAGGGAAAAUAGUGAAGACAUAUACAGGUGAUGGGGGGAUAUUUGAGGUUUGUUGGAAUAAAGAAGGUGACAAAAUUGCAGCUUGUUUUGCUAACAACACAGUAAGUGUCUUGGACUUUAGAAUGUAGGAAGAGGGGAAGAAGGAAAGUAAUAGAUCUAUAGAAAAAUAUUAGAUAGAUGAACUCUCAAGCAUCUCUUCUGUAUGAUGUCUCUAUCUGUCGUUAACCGAUGUAAAAACGUUUUUGUCUUUCUUUCUUGAUAUUUAUCCUUAAAUUAUGAACAACUAGACAUAAGUGGAUUAUGUUUGCAAUGGAUUUUCUUAUAUAUUUUUACUCUAAUUUGGUUU